GUAGGCACCCCUUUAAGAGGUACAAAACCAAUUAAACUUCUUUAUUAAUGGACGAAGCCUGGGUUUAAUAAGGGGUUGCGUUUAUUUCUGGUUCCACCGUCACCGCGGUUGAAGAACAAAGCAUCCUAAAACUUAUCAAGGGGGCCAGCAAGCCUUCAUCUAAUUCUAUGGGAUCUAGAAAUCGUCACGAUGCAACUUUAUGUUCGAGUGGUUCUGUUUUUUGUAAACACAGGCUUUCUGCAUUCCUUAAUACACCGUGACUGUGGGGGCAUCAUUGAUGUCAGCAAGGAAAACACAGGGGUUUUACAACACUCGGUAUCAGCAAACGCAUCAGAUAAUAUACAGGGUGUGAGCUGCACGUGGCUAAUUGAGGCACUGUCUACAGAAACUGUACACGUAGCCCUUCUCACUCUUGAUAAUAAAACAUGCAUUAGUGUAUAUUUUGGGAACAGAUCAAACAUAUCAAUUUGUGGCUCAAGGAAGGAAUCGUUAUUGUCUGGGAAAGGUAGAGGUGUGAUAACCUGGCACGCUGCAGCUGGAAGUUAUGCAAGGGACACCCAACUGUCAAUCAAGUAUACAGUCUUGGUAAACUGGUGUGCUAGACUGUCUCCCUGCUUGAAUGGAGGGACUUGCAUACCCGGAGAAUCCUCUGCAGUGUGUGUGUGUCCAAAGACCUGGCAGGGGAAGCACUGUGAAAGAGAAACACGGAACCUUCUUGAGGAAAGACUUCCCCACACUGAGUCAUACAGGCGAAAAGCUCCUUUGAGUCAGGAGACAAGCUUCCAUGGCAUUCCAGAAAUUUCAAAAAUUCCACAAAUCACACUUAAUAGGAGGAAACUGUUGUUCUCGAGGCCCGGUGUUCUGACAACAUUCGGUGGCAAGGGAACAGCACGGUAUGGCACAACCGAAGGCCAGCCGAGGGAUGAGAAUAACACAACAAAGGCAUUCCAUAGUAACAGAUCAGUCAGCAGUCAUUGGCCCAGAGACAGCAAAAGCACUGCUGUCAGCGCUGAUAAGGAAACACUCCUAUCCACUCAGGAAACUUCCCAUAAUAAUAAGGACGCUGCUGUAUUUACAAAUCGGACACUUUCACACAUGAGAUUUACUGCAACUGAUGAUCCAUCAUUAGGCUUGGCCAGUCCGGCUACUGAACAAAUUGAGAAAACAAAGCCCACAGGUGUGACUGCAAUUCCUGCCUGUUUGAUGAAAAUGGAAGAGAAGUCACAUCCUUCAGAAAAUGGCUCCUCAUUGCUAAGAAAUGUUUUCCAUCAGUACACAAUGGUGUCUGCAACAUUCCCAAUAUCUCCAGCCCGGGAAUCCGCUUCACAGGCUUUCACUGUCAAACCUUUCCCACUGACCACUACUUCCCAUGACACUGCAACUCCUCCAGAUACCGUACAGAAUCCUACAGAGUCGCUGCCACCACGGCAUGAUCAGGAGAUGGAGAGCAAUGACCAAGGCUAUAGUCAUGGAACCAAAUUGGAAGUAUCACGUGAAAUGAAAAAAGAUGCCUUUUCUCUGACUUCAAUUAUUCCUGACAUGGACAUGUCAAUUAAAACAGAGUCAUCACAGACUUUGAAAGAUAUGUUAAUCAGUGGUUUAUCCACUUCAGUCACAGGCUUGCAGGACGUGUUUGUUGAACGCAAGACUAGCAGAAAGAUCACAGCUUUUUCUAGUACAGCUACUUUGAACCAUAACCUCAUGUCUGUGUUAACUUCUUCAGGGACUGACCCUACAGAGUUUAAAAAAUAUACCAUAGAGACAGGGUUGGGAACCCUAAAACAUCCUAAUGUCUCUCAUUUACUCACAACCCCUUUGGAAUUCUCUAGUGAAGUCACACUGAACCCUGAAGGAGUCACAAAUUCUCCAUUUGAUCAUCAAAAGAACACUGAGCACUCGUACAGCAGAGAUUUAACAGGGGUGACUGAAAACAACAGUUUGACUUUACAGACUCUCAGUAAACUCUCAGGGUCAGCCAGAUAUGCUACUGAAAUUGGCAAAGAGGCCAAAGCCUUUCCUCGUGAGGCCAGCAAGAACAGAACACAUCAAAUAGCCGCUGACAGUCCCACUCCAUUGAUGGAGGAUUUUAAUGCACGUCUGUUUGAGCAUAAGUUAGUUCCUGUGGUUACUAGAAGCCUUCUUGAUGGAGAAAUUUAUAGUGGGGAAACAGCAUCUGAGAGUGAUGUAGGUGUGUCAAUUUUAACACAAGGGUUCAGUGAAAGGGCUGUCCCAUCUUCCACAAGUAAGGAGGAAGUUUCCACAUUGACUACUUUGAUAGAAAACAGCAUGCCAGCUGGUCUAGAGACUAGUACUCUUGACACAGAUUCGGUUGUACCUCAUACAGGCACUACAGAAACAGAUGUCAUGCUACAGUUUACAGGGGUUACACCUUCAACCACUACUUCCAUUCCAGAAUUAUUUCCACAGUCUGAAAGUACAGCAUCUACAUCAGAACCGCCAACACCUGCUGUGCAUUCCUUGCCAAAUCUGCCGAUAGUGGAUCGAUCAAGUACUGCUGAACCCAGUACCCUCUCCAUAACAACACCUGAACAGACCACAGUGUCUCAAAAUAUCAGGCAAUCGGUCUCAUCUACGGAAACGCUUGAGGAAUCAGUGAAUAAUGAUGUAAUCUCAUCGGAGGAUGGCAUUAAAUCUGCAUCCGCUUCAGCAACUCCAACUGAAAUAGCACCUACAUCUUCAGAGAGCUUCAAUUCAAGCCCUUUUUCUUUUACAUUGAGUGAUACAGUAACACAUUACACGUCGACAGCUGUUGGUUUAGACCCGUCGGUGGAGUCGCACACAUUAGGCACAAGUUUGCCACAAGAGAAAACUAUUGUGCCGGACAGUACUUCCUCUUUUUCUACCCCUCUGUUGACUGGUUCUUAUACUGUUACAGUGACAAACCUCAAUACAGGUGGAGCAACAGUACCAACUCUGCAGACAACCACAUCGCUGAAUGCAGUGGUUCCUCAAACAGUAUCACCUAGAGUGGAGGGCAGUUCCUCUACUCCUGUUAGGCAAACUGAGAUGGGAACAGAGGUUUUAAGUACAGGGUAUUCCAGCACCACAGUUUCAAGUGGCAAAACUCUUUCAACUGUUUCUCAAAGCACUUUAACCCCUGCCUUAGAUGAUUCAAGUUGGAGUCCGACAAGACAGAGUUCUACCACGCUUUCCCCUGUAACACAGUCCACUCCUCUUUCUGCAAUAAACUCCACUGCAGGAAGUGGUAAUGUCACAGACUCAGCAACAGCCCUGACAUAUUUGGAAUCCAGUACAACCGAACAGCUUUCCACCUCACUGUGGGAGACACAAGCUAAAGGUAAGAAGAAUAGCACUCUAGGCCAAUCUAGGGGCUUGCCAGUGGAUCAGUCAAGUACCUUAACUGCCUCCAUUUAUAACAGCACUUUUGCUAGGCCUACAGUUUCUGCCAUUGUGAAGACAAGACCUACUGCUGAAUCAAACAGAAGUGAAAGCACUCCAAUGCCUUUCACAGGACGUGUGAACGUGACUUUAACCACUCAACCUUUAACCAUGUCUACGAUUCCAACAAUCACCCUGCGUGUUCCUGCUUUUGGGAACGAGGUAUUUACGCCCACAUCUUAUGGACUAAAGACUGCAAGAAGUUCCCCUGCUCCGACUGUGAUGUUUACCACAUCGAGAAACCCUUAUGAGAAGAUUUACAUAGUGGGGGAUCAGCCACCCAUUAUCAAAGAAAAACAUAUCGAAGUUCCUUCCCUUCUUGAGAUGGAAAUGGACUUCAGUAAAGACCUUGCAAAUCCUAAAUCCAAAGCCUUUGAAAAUCUUGCGGCGGACUUCCUAGGAAAGGUUGAACCAUUUUACAAGAAGGUUCCUGGGUAUCAACACAUACAGAUUUCAGGAAUCAGUGGCAGCUUGCUCAUGGAGUAUGACGCUGUGUUCAGUACGGAAUCAGUACUGGGGUUGCUUGGGGAUCUGGUAGGGCUGCUGAAUAUGACGGGUCUGCCUGAGGCCGUCUCCCAGGGAUUCUACAUCAGAGGGGCCAGAGUGCUGCGCAUAUCUGUCCGUAAGCGGCAGGCUGACCCGUGCUCCUCAGUGUUCCGCUGCCAGCCCGGGUUCCACUGUGUCCCUGCCAGACGCAGCAAUGCAAGCUGCACCUCUCUGUGCCACAGGGACUACUGUAAGAACGGCGGCAUCUGCACCCACCAGAGAGGACAGCAGCCUGUGUGCCAGUGUCCGGUUGGUGUUGAUUACUGGUUCAUGGGUCUGAGGUGCGACCACAAAAUGACCCAGCAGAAGCUGAUUGGAAUCGCGUUCGGAGUCCUCCUUGCGGUUGCUGUCAUGAUGGCAGCCAUAGCCUUCCUGGUCAUGAGGAGGUUCAAGACUUUACUUAUUCAAGCCAAGGUUGACCAGACGAGAAGCAGUUACCGGAGAUUCAGCCGCUUUGAUGACAUCUCGGAGCAAUUCUGGUGUCAGCCCUGGCUGGACUCCUCUGCUAACUCUCUGGACAACCCUGCCUUCACUCACUCUGAUGAGCACAUUCACCUCCGGAGGCUGGACAGCAGUUACUGCAGCUGCCUGGAGGAGUCGCUCACCACCAGCAACAGCAGCAAAAGAAACAUGCCCCACGUCAGGACUGUCUUCAGGCACAGCUCCCCCUAUAACUGGGAUCUCAGUGACUGUAGCGUCAACGAUCACAUGGCAGACUCGGGCAAGGCCAGCGAUCUCUCAGUUUCCAGCUGGCCUAUGGAGCCCAUUCAGUGGACACCCUUCCCCAUUCUGCAGCAGCUUGGCAUUGAGAGACCGUUUAAGACACGAAGACCCUGCUCUUUCUGUAAAGGAAUGGAGCUGGUUAACCUGGAGAGAACCUGGACUGCUUAAAUAUAUCAGAUCAACAGUGGACUACCUAAGAAGCCUCUAGACAAUUGCAGUAAUCUUCCAAAAACAAGCACCACACUAUUUAAGUAGUAUACAUACCAAGUACAGCUUCAAAUCAGUACUAUAUAUACACACACCAAGUGCAAACCCAAGGCCUUAAAAUCAACAUGUUUCCAUUUAAAGUUUGUUACAACAAUUUGAGCAACUGAGAUUUUGGAUUUGACGAAGCAUUUUGGUAGUUUACUUCCUCAAUUAUGGUAAAAUACUGGCACACCAUUAAGUUUUGGUAAUACUAAAGAAGCCGUUAGUACCAAGUAUGUGUUCUACUAAAUUAUAAUAAAAAUAAAAACUUAAAUAGCUGCAAGUUUGUUUUAUUUUAUAUAUAUAUAUAAUAUAACAAAUUAGGAUAACUACUGCUAUAAACAAGCAAGGUGCAUGGCUAAGAUAAUUGCUGACUUCUUUGAAUAUUGUACUAUCAGUUGUGCAUUAUUGUAGUAACUAAAAUCACAAUCCCUGUAAAUAUUGUAUAGGUGUACAUUUUAUGCACGUAAUUAACUACGAAUAAAAGAUUACAUUCACCACUGUUCUAGCCACCAAAGCCUUUCAUUUUACAGAGGAUUGGCAUUUUAAUGUCAACCUGUUUUUAAAAAAACAACAAAACAAUACAUGCUGAGCAGCCAAAACAUCAUGAUUUAUUAAUAUUUGAAGAAAACUUUAGAAUUCAACACAACCAAACUGUACAUAUUACAAUCACAUUCUAUUUGUAAACAGUUAAAAGCCACUUAACUUGUGUUGCAUCUUAGGACACAGACAAUUAGGAUCAAGGCAAUGAAAUGAUGGCGACUUUUGCACUGUUAAAAUCCUUGUUUGUCUUCAAAUGACGAAACAAGCAUUUUUUUUUUUAGAACACCAUUUGUGGCAAGAAAAAAUAAAGUAGUAAUUUAACUCGUUACUUUUGCAAUUACUUUUAAACAUUUUACAAUAAACACAUGAUUCUGUAAGCCAAAUACCUGGCUACAGUAUGCAUAGUUGCUGAUUUUCUUUUAAAGUACAACAAACUUCGACACAGUCACAAAGACAGCAAAAACAUUAAGCCACUCUAAUAGAGAAUAAAGGAAAAUAGUACAACUACAGCGAUUCAGCAAACCACCUUCACUCACUAAUAAAAAGACAGCAUCUUGAAAGCAAUAUGUAGAACAACUCCAGCUUUAAGCAGUUAUUUGGCAGAGAAAAACUUACAAAGCGAUAAGUAGUUUCAGUGCGAAAAGUUGGGUUUUCCUACAAGAAACUACAAGGAGUUUCUACUGGGGGAACUGGUUUUUUUUUUUUGUUUUUUUUUUUUUCCUGAGAACCAUGCUCUUUAUUUAGGAGACGAGGAAUAGAAAACCAAAA